AUGGAGGGCGCGGCGGGCGACCCGUACCGGCGACCCGCGCGGCGCACGCAGUGGCUGCUAAGCGCCUUGGCUCACCACUACGGGCUAGACCGCGGCGUGGAGAACGAGAUCGUAGUGCUGGCUACCGGUCUGGACCAGUAUCUGCAGGAAGUCUUCCAUCAUCUGGACUGCCGGGGUGCGGGUCGCCUGCCGCGCGCCGACUUCCGCGCGCUCUGCGCCGUACUGGGUCUGAACGCCGACGGGGAGGCGACCACCGAGGACGCAAACCCCUUGGAGGAGGCCGCUAAGAACCCUGCUGCUGAAACAGUCGCUGGCAGGGACGCGGACGUCAGGGAAGAGGCGCGCCUGGCUCUGCGCGCAGAGCCUCCUGAACUCACUUUCCGCCAGUUCCACGCACGCCUCUGCGGCUACUUCAGGACCCGAGCGGGGCCCCGGCUGCCCCGAGGAGCUCUCAGCGAGCACAUCGAGACGCAGAUCCGCCUCCGCCGUCCGCGUCGCCGCCGCCGCCGGCCUGGCUCACCGAGCCUGCAGGGCGGCGCCGAAGGAGAGCGUGUGGCACAUCUAGAAGAGGAAAACAGCAGCCUACGCGAGCUGGUGGAGGACCUCCGUGCCGCGCUGCAGAGCAGUGACGCGCGUUGCCUGGCCCUGCAGGUAGGCCUCUGGAAGAGCCAGUCGGACAUCCCGGAAGCCGCAGCGCACAAGCUGCAGCGAGCACAGGGAGCGCUGGCGGAGGCAGAGGCUCGCGCCCGGCGGCUGCAGCGCGGACAGGUGGAGGUGCGGCUGCGCACGGAGGAGGCCCGGCAGGCGGUGAGGAGCAGCCUGCACCGAGUGCGGGAGUUGGAGGCGCUGGCGCGGUGCGUUCCCCGCUUGCAGCGCCAGGUGCAGCGACUGGAGGCGGAGCUUAGACGUUACAGGUCAGAGGGACCUCAGCUCCUAAACCCCCUACAAGCCAGUGUACAGCCAGAAAACAAGAACGUUGAACCUAAGGCUAGAGGAACCCGAGGUGUGGACACCACUUCAGAGGUAGCCCAGCAGUCGGACACCAGCUUAAGGAGCAGAGACACAGAUGAAGAGGAUGAGCAGCUGUUCCGCUCCGUGGAAGGCCAGGCCGUCUCUGAGGAAGAAGAAGAAGAAGAAGAAAGAUUGCAGGAAAAGUCAAGGCCCCCACAGGCCCGUGUCGAGGUAUCUCUGGUGCAGCCCUCAGACUGUGUGAGUAGGUGUGAUGGGCAGACAACUGAGACGCUCAAGACUUCCUUUGGCCACUGUGAUGGUGCUGACCGCAUCUGCACCUUAGAGCUGGAGACCCAUGUCACCAGGCUUGGGGAUCAGCUGCAGACCCUGGGCUGCAGCGGGAAGACCCUGGGGACACCGGAGAAGGAGGCGGAACUGCAGCGGAUGGUGGAGAUGGAGCAUCUGAGGCUGGAGCUGCAGAUGGUGGAGACAGAGCGGGUACGACUGUCGCUGCUGGAAGAGAAGCUGGUGGACGUGCUGCAACUCCUGCAGAGGCUCCGGGACCUGAACAUAUCAAAAAGAGCCCUGGGGAAGAUUUUGCUGACCGCCCUGGACCGGAAUCCCUCACCGGAGGGUACACGUGGCACCUUGGCCAUCCUGGACGCCUUGCACCAAGCCUUGGUUGGCUGUGAGCUCCUGCAGAGAAAUCCCUCAGCACCAGCAUCCACAGCUCCUGCACACACAAACCCCUUCCUCAUCUCCUGCUGAGCUCACUGACCCAGUCAUGGGCCACCAUGGUCUUUCUAUCCAUCAUCAGACCAGCCUUGACCACAACCAGACUUGCCUCCUUGGUGAACCUGACGACCAUGGGACUUGC